AUGGUGAGGACCUACAACUUGAAUAUCGAUCGCUUCGGGAUGGUCGUAACCACCAUAAGCAUUGGUUACAUGAUCGCCAAAGAUGUAGGUGGAUCCCACGAAAGAGGAACAUCCGAAACAUUAACAAAAGGGUUCAACACUUCAAAAGGCCUUUGGGUCGAGAUAUCGGGAGCAUCGAAAGAAGCACACGGCUCGGCUUGGACUCUUUCCUCUUUAGAAGAAGAGGAAGAAGAAGGUGGAAGCUUUAGCCUAGAAGGAGUACCUUUAAUGGUAGGGCCUAUCGAACCGGGGCAUCUAGAGGAAUCGAUAAUAGUCUUUUCGGAGGUCUACGCAAUGGCUCAAUUGGUCCCUUUAAAGAUGAAUUAUCCGAAGAUGGAUCGA